UUUAAAUGAUCAGAGUGAUUCUGAGUCUGAAUCAUCUUCGUCAGAGGAAGAAAUUGUCAAAGAUAAAAAAAUAACAAGCUUAAAUGGUCAGAGUGAUUCUGAAUCUGAAUCAUCUUCGUCAGAGGAAGAAGAAAAUGGCAAAAAAUUAACGAGUUUAAAUGAUCAGAGUGAUUCUGAGUCUGAAUCAUCUUCGUCAGAGGAAGAAGAAAUUGUUAAAGAUAAAAAAAUAACGAGCUUAAAUGGUCAGAGUGAUUCUGAAUCUGAAUCAUCUUCGUCAGAAGAAGAAGAAAAUGGCAAAGAUAAAAAAAUAACGAAAAAAAUAACGAGCUUAAAUGGUCAGAGUGAUUCUGAAUCUGAAUCAUCUUCGUCAGAGGAAGAAGAAAAUGGCAAAGAUAAAAAAAUAACGAAAAAAAUAGCGAGCUUGAAUGAUCAGAGUGAUUCUGAAUCUGAAUCAUCUUCGUCAGAGGAAGAAGAAGAUGGCAAAGAUAAAAAAAUAACAAAAAAAAUAACGAACUUGAAUGAUCAGAGUGAUUCUGAAUCUGAAUCAUCGUCAGAGGAAGAAGAUGGCAAAGAUAAAAAAAUAACGAAAAAAAUAACGAGCUUGAAUGAUCAGAGUGAUUCUGAAUCUGAAUCAUCUUCGUCAGAGGAAGAAGAAAUUGUCAAAGAUAAAAAAAUAACGAGCUUGAAUGAUCAGAGUGAAUCUGAAUCAUCCUCGUCAGAGGAAGAAAAUGGCAAAGAUAAAAAAAUAUCGAGCCUAAAUGGCCAGAGCGUUGCACAAUCAUCUACUUUAAAAGAAACUGAAAAAAAAAAUUUAGAUGACCCGAGUGAUACCGAAUCAUCUAAAUUCAAAAAAAAUAUUAAUAAGAAAGAUGUACUUAAUUCUUCGAAUAGUAUACAAACGAGCAAAAAAAGGAAAAGUAGUUUAGAUGACUCUUCUGAUAGUAAUAAUCAAUCACCUACGAAAAAGAUAAAUUCAAUUUCAAGUCCUGCUUCUAUAAAACAAACUAGUAAAUUCUUUGUCCCACCUUCUGUCCAGAAAAAUCAAAUGAAUAAAGUAAAGACUACCAUGAAUCCAGGGAAAGCUCAGAAUGGGUUUUAUCAACCUCGUAUAAAUGUAAAUGAAGUUAAAUUUCAUAAUGAAAAGUUGAAAGACAAUAGCUUUUUAGCAAAGGGUGGAGCUGCUGGAUCAUAUGGUCAUAAAGCAUAUAACGAUUUUGCAGCCACUAGAGGUAAAGAUUUCCGUGCUCAGAAAACGAAAAAGAAACGUGGUUCAUACCGUGGUGGUAAAAUUGACUUCCAAUCACAUUCAAUAAAAUUUGAAGAUUAG